AUGCGAAUUACAAUACUAUGUGCGAUUCUAACGGUAGUGUGGGCCGAUGAGGGCGACUGGCAGCCGAUUGUGCCAGAGUCACCACAACUCUACACCACAUACUCUAAAUCAUCAGAACGAUCAUUAGAUGCAAGCCCCCAGCUAAAGAUUAUCAACCGUAGACCAAUCCAGUCUAGUCUUCCUUCUUUCGGUCCGAGCAAAUUAUCUAAUAUUUACAAUUCGGCGCCAGCUGCGGGGUCUGACUCAUGCAGCGUAUAUAAAGUUUCUAUGAACCAAGAACUCUUCUACCAAUACGUAGAAUACGAGAAAGCUCUACCGGAUCUAAAAGAGUUCACACUUUGUAUGUGGUCAAAGUUCCACAACCAUUCCGAGGAUCACCCGUUAUUUUCUUAUUCUGUUGACGAUAGCCCGAAAGAGAUUUCAGCAUGGAUAUCGAACACCAAAGAGGCGAGCUAUUUUAGUAUGGCAAUUCACGGACAAACGUUUUUCAGGCUUAAUUACCCUUUAAAACUUAACACAUGGUAUCAUUCUUGCCAAUCUUGGAAUGGAAAAACUGGCGAAUGGCAAAUAUGGGUGAAUGGCGAAAGAGUUGGCAGAGGAUUCCACAAUAGGCUCGUGGGGCACAUUAUAAAGGGUGGUGGUACAGCAAUUAGCGGUCAAGAGCAAUCUCUUCUAUACAAAAACAAUGGCGAAGAACCUACUAUAAAGCAAUCUGGUCUGAUUGGUGAAAUUACGAUGCUCCAAGUCUACCAUGUCGCACUAACUGCCGGAAAAGCCCACAAAGAUCACAAACAUCACCAUGUUCAUCAUUUCAAGCAUGAUGGUACGCCAUUCGAAACAUCUUCAGAAGCAGGAACCGAGCCUCCUCCACCUCCAGCAACACCUCUCGGCAAUGGCAAUUUUUUGAUAGGGGGUCAAUUACAAAGGCCAGCUAAUCUUAACUUAGCUCGUCCACAACAAAUGAUACCUGUCCAGCUCCCUAAUGGUCUUCAAAUACAACAAGAAUACGUUAACGGGCAACUAGGAAACAGAAUUGUUUCUGAACAACUUCUUAAUACAGUGCAGCCGGUUGCAAGUAAUCAAGUCAAUAGCAAUGUCCAACAUAUCCCAUUAGUAGGCUUAUCAGUUUCCCCGAUUGAUCAAGGCCAAAGAUUCCAAACAAGACCAUUUGGCCCAUCAAAAGGAACGACAGUACUUCUAUCUGGCUCACUACUUAAUCCUGCUAAUGUACAAUAUAUCGAUGAUACAGCAAACUCACAUAAUUUGUACAAGAGAGAUUCCAAAAAACGUGACAAGAGAGAUAAUCCUGAAAAAGAAUUAACAGAAGAAAUUCCUACAGGAAAAAAAGAUAAACGUGGCCUCGUAGCUUUAUCCGAUGGUUCUAUCAUUGACGAAGCAUUAUUAACUCCUAAUGGUCUUGAAGACAAAGAGGAUGAAAUAUUGUUCCAGCAAUCACUUCUUAAUGGCUUAGCUGGAGUCGUUGGAAACUUACCAGUUCAAAAUUUGCAAAAGAUGAAUGUUGAUGAAAGGGAACCAGCGGAAGCUGAAGUGAAAGCGGUAAUGCAAGUCUGCAGUGGGUGCACUCCUGAACCAUUCAAAAAAGCUCUUGUUCUAUCCUGGAGGGCUACACCUAAGAAACUUUAUAGCGGAGCACAUUACUAUAAAGGAUUGCCUAUUUGCCGUGCAUUU